UGCUGCAAGGAUGGCUGUGAGGGCAGAAGAAGCAGGAGACACAAACACCGCCCCAGAGCAGGGCUGAGAAGAGCUCUGGGGGGAAGGGGGGGCACAGCUUUCCUUGGAUUCUCCCCACUCUGGGGAGGCUGCUCCAAGAUCAGACGGUGAUGCAAGAAAAGGGACUAUCAGAAUUGGCAGACGGAAGCCACAGACGCUCUUUCCCAGGAGUGCAGAUAAGUCUUGGUCCGUGAGGACUUGAGCCUUCGAUCCUCUCCCUCACCCCAAGCAACCCGGCGCCACAACCCGGCGCCUGCACGGCCCACCUCUGGCCAUGGAGAACAGCAGCAGCAGCAGCAAGCCGGACAGCCCCACCAAUGUAUCCCUGGCCAGCAGCGACGCCCUCUGGGACCUGCUUGGGUACAAGUCCAUCUCGGUCUUCCUGGUGCUGGGUAUCUGCGGCGUCGGCAUCGUCGGCAACCUCAUGGUGGUGUCCGUGGUCCUGACCACCCGCGACAUGCGGACGCCCACCAACUGCUACUUGGUCAGCCUGGCCGUGGCCGACCUGAUGGUUCUGGUGGCCGCUGGGCUGCCCAACGUCUCCGACAGCCUGGCGGGGACCUGGAUCUACGGCUUUGCUGGCUGCCUGAGCAUCACCUACUUCCAGUACCUGGGCAUCAACGCCUCGUCCUGCUCCAUCACUGCCUUCACUGUGGAGAGGUACAUUGCCAUCUGCCACCCGAUGAAAGCACAGGCCAUGUGCACCCUUUCGCGAGCCAAGCGCAUCACCGCUUUCGUCUGGCUCCUCACCUCGCUCUACUGCACGCUCUGGUUCUUCCUGGUGGACGUCGCCGUCAACAAGAGCCAGGCCACGGAGUGCGGCUACAAGGUCUCCCGCAACCUCUACCUGCCCAUCUACCUGUCCGACUUUGCCCUCUUCUUCGCCACCCCGCUCUUCCUGGCCACCGUGCUCUACGCUCUCAUCGGCAGGGUCCUCUUCCGCAGCCCCGCCCUGCAGCAGCCUGCUGGCCUCACCGAACGCUGGAAGGGACGGAGCGGCCAGGAGAGGGACGGCACAGAGGAGGAGGACAGGGCCAGGCCGGGCUGCUCGAGAGCCGGAGUGCCCGUCUCUUCCAGGAAGCAGGUCACCAAGAUGCUGGCUGUGGUGGUGGUCCUCUUUGCUCUGCUCUGGAUGCCCUACCGGACGCUGGUGCUGGUGAACUCCUUCAUGGAACGCCCCUACCUGGACCGCUGGUUCAUCCUCUUCUGCAGGGUGUGCAUCUACGCCAACAGUGCCAUCAACCCCGUCAUCUACAACCUCAUGUCCCAGAAAUUCCGCCGGGCCUUCAAGAAACUCUGCAAGUGUGGGAAGGAGGAACGGCGGGGGCAGAGCGUCUACGGGGCCCCAGGCGGCUGCAGCACGAGGAGGGGUCCCGCCGUGUGCCCCCAGGCCCACCUCAAGGCCAAAGGGCCACCCGCCCCAAGAGGGGCCGGGGAGAAGGACCUGGCGACUUCAGGUCAGGGGUCAACACCCAGCAGAAGCGAGGAAGAGAAGGGGCUGGACUUCAGUGUGGUCUGAAGGGUCUCCGCCUUCGCUCACACUGCUCCACCACAUCAAGGACUUGCUUUGCCUUUCCUAGCACCAGUAGAUGCAUGGCAGGAGCAUAGACAAGCCUGGGCUCUUCUUCCCUCUGAACUGGGAUUGCGUUCCGGCCGCUGAAGACAUGUCUGAGGGUUUGAGCCAAUGGCGGGUUUUGAGCUGGCAACCUGUGGGACGUUAGGUGGGAGAGACGAGCUGGUCAUGUGCUAGCAAGCUAAGCUAAGCAGGGUCCACCUUGGUUGCAUAUGAACAGGAGACUAGAAAUGUGAGCACUGGAAGAGAUUCCCCUCAGGGGAUGGAACUGCUCUGGGAAGAGCAGAAGGUUUCAAGUUCCCUCCCUGGCAGCAUCUCCAAGAUAGGGCUGAGAGAGAGAUUCCCGCCUGCAACCUUGGAGAAGCCACUGCCAGUCUGUGAAGACAAUACUGAGCAAGACGGAGCAAUGGUCUGACUCUGCAUGUGGCAGCUUCCUAUGUGCGCUAUCGCCACCUGGCCAGAGGAGGGAGCUGCAGGGAGGGCAGCAAGCCCCUAGUCCAAGAAGUGACCGCUGAGUUCUCUGAUUCCGAGAUUAAGCCACCCAAAGAGAAAUUGCCGCCGGCGUGGGGAAACAGUUGGACCAGACCAUGCACUCUGCACCACACAGAGACAUGUAGUUGCAAGACUUCAGCGGUGGGCAGCAGCGGCACCCACACUUGAGCAUCACAAAAAUAGGCUCUGGGGACGGGGGCAAAACUGCCCUGCAUAUCAUAUGCGAGCUUCCACCAAUCCUGAAUGUUGCGGUCAGAAGAGCCUCCAUUUCCCAGCAAAUCUGGGGGCAAAAGUGGUGCUUUGAAACAGCAGGGAAGCUGUCCAGCCAAGGAGCUGGCCUGGCAGCAGGAGGGCAGAGCAACAGGCCUUCCCUGCUCCCCCCCCACUCCAGCAACUGGUAUUGCCAGAUAGGCUGCCUCUGAACAGGGAGGCUCCAUCUAGCCAUCAUAGACCUUACCUGUUUCUACAUGGAUUUGUCUAACCGUCUUUUAAAGCCAUCCAAGCAAGUGGCCAUCAUCCCGUCUUGGGACAGUGAAUUCCAUCAACCGAUGAUGCAUUUGUAUGAAUAAAUCCUCCCUUUUGCUCGUCUGAAUCUACAUUCCGUCCGUUUCAUUGGAUGACCUAAAUUCUGGUAUUGCGACAGAGGAAGGAAAAACUCAUUUUGGCCCCACUUUCUCCAUACAAGCACAAUAUCAUUCUAUAAAUCUCACUCAUGUCUCCCUUUAGUUGUUUUAUUUAUUUAUGGUUAAAUUUCUAUACCGCCUUUCAUUAAAACAAUCUCAAGGCAGUUCAUCUUCCCACCCCCGCGAACUAAAAUUCCCAAAGAUGUUUGCUGUCCCUCGCAGGGAUGGCGUUUCCGUCCUCUCAUCAUUUUGGUUGCCCUGUUCUGCAAAUUUCACAGGUCUUGUUUUGAGACGGUGUGACCCUUCCUCCAAGGAACUCAGAGUAAUACAGGAGUUCUCAAACUUGGGUCUCCAGACAUUGGUCUCCAGGUGUUUUUGAAGUACAACUCUCACCAGUCACCUAGGGAUGAUGAGAGUUGUAGUCUUUGGGCACUGUGGCUAGGGAUGAUAGGAGUUGUAUCAACAACAUCCGGGGACCCAAGUUUGAGAACACCUGCGUUAAUAUAUGGAUGUUUUUCUUCCAGGCUUUUUAUUUAGAAAGAGCAUGAAAAAUCACAUCAGAACUUGAUGAUAAUUCCAGAGGAAAAGUCAAACACUGUCAACAGCUACAGAAACUAUUUUUCAAAAAAGUAAUCCACUCAGUCCUAAGGGUUCAAGGUGAAUUUGAAAUCCCUUCAAGAAUUGCACAAACACAGAUCUCAAACACUUCCAACAGUUCCUAAAAUGCUAAUCUAAAACAUUAGAAAAUCAAAACACCAUCAAGCUUGGCAGCUCAAACUCAGCUUCCAUCUGAAGCUGGUGGUGAUGAGCAAUUUAUUCCUCCCAAGCAUAAUUCAGUAGGGAAGUUCAAAGAAAAAUCACUUAUUUAAACCUCCCACCCACAGGACUGGAAAAAGACAGGAAAAGAGAGAGAACAGGGUUCUCCAUCUCAGCCCUGGUCUCCAUCUGGUGGUGUAUUAAUGUGCUUUUAAUCAAAAAUGUAUCAUGCUCUUUAAGCUUGUUUAUUAUAGCCAGCAUGAUUUAUGAACACCAAACAUGCAAAGUGAGUCCCUAUUUUCAUUUUAUUGUACAAAUGAAUAUUGCCUCAUUAAAAAGAGUAAUUUGAUAGA